AUGUCUAACGCGCCCACUCUCAUCAACCUGCCGCCUCCCCCGUCUGACCCGGUCACGCCCUCAGAUGUCCCCGGCACGCCCAACUCGACGACGACGUCCAUGUCGGAGCUGAGCACCGUCGCCAUCAAGGACGGCCACCGAGGCCACCUGCCGCACCACCACGCGCAGCAGAACCCGAUGGACGCUGAGCGCGCCGACCGCAUAUCGCGCCUCGCGGGCCUGGAGCGCGUCACCGCGGGCGGCGGCCGGCCCUCCAACCUCAACCCCUCAUCCGCAGCGUACGGCCAUCACGCGACGGGCAGCAGCGGCAGCAUCCCGCCCAUGACCCAGGGCUACUUCGACGCCAACAACCAGCCGCAGAUCGUGCGCGAGCGCAGCACCGUCGGCUCCGCGUCGGCGACGGGCUCGGUGGGCGGCCGCACGACGACGUGGGCCUCGGGCAGCGACGUGACGGGCUACGACCCGAGCCUGGCGGACCGCAUGAGCGAAGACCAGGAGAUGGAGACGGCCAGCAGCGUCGGCGGCAACGACGGCUUCAGCGACGUCGAGGGCGCCAGCCUCGUCGGCUUCGGCGAGGGCGCGCGCACCCCCGCCCGCGGCGCCGGCAGCGUCGGCAGCCCCGUCGUCGGCAAGGCCACGACGCCCACGUCGGCCGUGCCGGGAUACAUGCGCGGCGAUGCCCCGCCGUCGCCGAUGACGGGCGUGAGUAGCAGCGCCGUGGGCGGUGGUAGCGGCGCGAGCACUCCCAGCACCGAGGCGCAGGUCCGCGACGCGCAGCGCAUCGACGGUAUCACCUAUGACGCAGGCGUUACCGACACCACCGCACGCACCCCACCGCCGCUGUCGGGCGAGGUCGCCAGCCAGCAGCAAGGCGCCGCGAAUGCCGCGCAGUGGAUCAACAGACAGGCUGAGCACGAGCAGGGAAGGCAGUAA